AUGGAGUUUAAUCCAGAGCUACCCUCCCACGACGGCCUCGCAGCGUACUACUGGCCCAAGAUGCACCCAGACCACCCUGCCACCAUCGCUCACCCGGCCUGGGCCUCCUACGACCCGCAUUCCGUCGCCCAGCACUCCAUCAACCCGCUCCUCAUCGUCAAGGGCACCCCACCGGAAAACGAAAAUGAAGCCGGCUUCCCCAGAAGCCAGUCCCCCGUCCACGAGCUCUACCACGACCACAACUACCACCUCCUCAGCCAGGAGGAGGAAGUGUGUCCUCCGCGGUUUACCGAGCCCUUCAGUCUUGCCCAUGUGACGUACUCGAAGUCGACCGUCUCAUUGGACUCCCUGAAGCAGCCCGUCUUGUGGAUCGACGAGCCCGCAACCGAGCAGACAGCAAUAAACCACCAGGAUCUGCCGGAGUCCAAAAACGCACCGUUUGUUCCCGGGCCCCGCCACUCCAUACCAUUCACCCCAACUGACCCGCACUAUCGCCCGUGGCACAAGAGAACAGUUUCCGAGCCGGUCUUCGGAGCUAAAAAUCAGGGCCCUGCAUUUCCGAAAGUCACAAUGAAGGAGCGGUCCGACUCCUGCCUGUUCGACGCAGAAUACUGGUCCAACCUCCACAGGUUUCUCCCCGUGCCGUGCGAAGAGAACGCGCCGCCGGCUUUCACUGUGUCUUUUGCCCAGACGGCACAAGAGCUGGAAAAAACCUCGCAGAAGUUGAUGAACUAUCUUCUGAACGACUACGAUCUCGUGGCGGAACUGCGCCAGAACCCAGACUCGUUCGAUCAGAAUGUGGAGCUCUCCAGCAAAAGACGCAAGGUCGGCGACGACAUCAACUGGAAGCCCAUGUCCGCCGGCAGCGUGCUGGGACUAAACGAAAUUUUCAAGCUCCACCAACGAGAAGUAAAUAGCAUGCUGCAGAACUGCACAGACUCCUGUUUCGGCGAACUCAACAUGCGGGAGCUCCGGGCCUGGAAACGCGGCGACAGAGAGCUCAAACGGCGCCACCCCCAGGUAUCCUCCUUCUAA